AUGCAAGCAGGAAAGAAAAAUAACAACAACAAUAAUAUCCGAUAUGAAUUAUUACGGUCAAUCGAACUUGACUAUAUCUUAAUAAAUGCAAUCAAAAACAAAAACGACAACACCGACGAAAUAUUUUCCCAAAUCGAGAACAAUGAAAUUUUGACAAACGACGAGAAAAAUAAACUCAAGCAGAGAUUCAUUCUUCGCAAGGAUAUUUACAACAUCGCCGUAACGAAAGAUCACGUUUGUGAAAGAUGUGACAGAAACAAAAAUAUCAGCAGCCGUAACAACACCACACAAUCGUCCAAAGAGAAAAGACAUGCAACAAUGAACGGGUGUCAGCAUUGUACGAGUGAAUUUAUUCGAGAACAAUUUGGCACAUGGACUUCUGGAAACGAAAAGAUUGAUCGUGAAAUUCAAGAAACACAAUUGAACUCUACUGUUGUUCCCUUAACUUUGGGUGAUUCUCCUCGUACCAUAGAAUGGAUUCCGUUUGAAGGUUUAUUAGAUGUAAAACCAUUAAAGAUUUCUGGAGGCGGCGUAAAGGUUUAUAAAGCGGUGUGGUCGAAGGGUUUCGCUCAAUCUUUUGAUUUUGAUAAGCGCAUCAUUUUACGAGUACCUCAAACACGAGUGGUGUUGAGGCAUUUAGUGAAAUCAGAACAAAUUAAUGAAGAUUUUUUAAAAAAGUUAAAAGAACAUUUGUUACUUCAAUCUCGACGAUUUGACAUAGUCGACACAUUGGGCAUCACAAAAAACCCACAAACUGGUGACUAUUUACUCGUUGAAUACGAAAUGAAAGAAAACCUCAAAGCAUACAUUCUUGAAAACUAUGCCACCAUAACGUGGGCUGAAAUAUACGACAUAUUCACUAACCUCUCGCGAACACUCUUUGAGAUUCACCAUUUGGGAAUAACGCAUCGUAAUAUACACUGGGAAAACAUAUUAUUACGAGAAUACGACAAUGCAUGGGUGUUUUCCGAGCCUAACAACAACAAUACCCCAUCAAAUAGCUUAUACGGAAGUUUGCCAUUCAUGGCCCCAGAAAUUCUUAAAGAAGGAGAAUACUCUGCCAAAUCUGAUAUCUAUGCGUUUGGGAUGUUGAUGUAUAUGGUGGUGACGAUUGGUUCCUUUACCAAUUACAUGAUUGAUGAAUUUGAUUUAAUAUAUCGCAUAUGUAAUGGCAGGUGGCCAAUAAUCCCCUCCGCGACAAAUGCAGCGCAAAAAGAAUACCUUGAGUUAGUUGAAAGAUGCUUGAAGUCGGAUCCUGCGAAACGACCAGAUGCACGUGAAUUGUUGGAGUUUUUCUGCAGAGAAACCAAGAUUCAAGAACAAAAACAGCAAUUUUCGUCUUUUGAAAAUUUGGUCUACACUGAAAUUCCGCGAGAAACCAACAAUUUUGGUGUUAGCAAGUAUCAUUCUGUUGAUGAAAUUCGUAACUAUCUAAAUAAAAGGCAGCAAGAUGAUGAUGAGGAACCCACGAAACAACUAUCUCGACACCAAAAAUUUCCGUCGUCUGAUUUCAAUUCAUCCACUCUUCUUGCGGAAUCGGUAAAUGAUACGACGACGAUUGAAAGCGGCGGACUAGAUGAUAUACAAAAUUUUGAGAUUUUGUUGAACGAGAAGUUUCAACUUGAUAGUGAAAUAGACGACACUGAUGGCGUUGGUGAAUCUUCGUUGUUUAUGAUUGGAUCAGAGUUCAGGUCGUCUUUUCUUAAUCAGAAGAGUAAUAAUUAUAUGAAUAGCGAUGAGUAUAUUACUUAUAAAGAGCAACGACAACCUUCU